GGAAAGUUCAAACAAAACACAAAGCGAUGUAAUGUCUAAUAAAAUGUAUCAAACACAUUCUUUAUUAGAUAUAUGGAUCCAGGAAAACAACGAGUUAGUAAACAAAUGGAAGCAGCAAGAAGGAGGCGAUGCCUUGAGCCGACACCCGAGCCAGAACCAAACCCAUCUGCGAUUGUGUUCCUCUGAGUUUAACAAACUUUUAAGGAAAAUCCAAGGUAUCCCUCCUCUUGCAGAUCACACACAGUUGGAGCUGACAGUGGUGUACAAUGCCUGUGUGUGCUCCAUGGCUCAGUCUCAAUUCUCAGAAGCUCAGCUGCUCCUCCAACAAGCCACAGAGAGAGUUCUACAGAUGACAGGGGACGACCCUGUUGCUUCAGACCCUACUGGGUUUUGGAGAACGGUUCUCAAAUCAGUGGGAAACACAGCUUUGACUCCCUGUGUGCUGUCCCUCCUCUGUCUGCAGUGGGCAAUAUGGCUGUCCACCUGCCAGCUGAAAACUAUACAGGAAUUUCAGGAUGAGCUGUUCUCUGUGUUUGAGACACUCUCUACCGGAGUGUGGGAUGAGGGGAGGAGAGAGCCAAGGGGAAAGUCCUCUGACAUUCCUCUACUGGUGAUGGACCCAAGAAGGCUUGUUGAAUUAUUGCAGAUCUGUACUUUGAUUGCCCAAGGUGCCGAAAGAUUGAGUGAGGGUCGGAGUUCAGAAGCGCUGUCUGGUCUGCAGUCAGCUUUCUCCUUGCCUGCUCCCAGAACUCUAAUAGCAUACACACACCUCCUCUCAGGCUCUUGCCUGGCCCACAUGAGCCGCCCUCAGAUGGCAUUGCAGUGUUACAGGAAGGCACUUGAAACAGAUUCCCAGUGUGUGUGUGCUCUGUACCAGAGCAUGCUUAUUUACAGACAGCUUGGCAACACACAGGCUGAGAUACAAGCUCUUCGUUUGCUGCACUCUACUCUGACGUUGCCCUCUGCCACAGAGCCCGCUCUGGCUGGUACUCAUCUCCUCUCCCCGUCCUUACUGCUUUGCAGCCGAUCACUGAGCAGCCUGCUCUCAGUUCCCUCUGCCCUCUCUGUCCUUCACAAUCUGGCCCUCAAUUGUGUGCUCCAUGGGAGGCUGUCAGAGGGUGUGGAAUAUUAUUUGGACCUGCUGGCUGCUCUUCACUCAGAAGAUCAACAUGGAGUGCACGCUGAGGGCCCUCCCCUCCCCAGGUUGCCCGAGCUUUACCUACAGGCUGGCGCUGCCUUGCUCAUGGCCCGACGGCCCGCUGAUUGCAUGGCGCUGUGCGAUGAAGUCAUCACUACAACGCUGGAGCUGCUGCCAGAGAAAGUGGUGUUGGAAGAGCCAGAGGAGGAGUGUGAGGCUGAGACCAAGGCUCUGAGUGCAGGGGGUGAAGAUGAGAAGGUGCGGAUGCUGCUCUGGGCCGGGGCGGCCUACCUCCUCCAGGGUCACUGCUACACUCACCUGAAGGACUGGAAACCAGCUGUGACUCACUACACAAGGUGUUUCAACCUGCUGGUGAAGGUGCGCUUUAAAAAGAGAGGUUUACAACCACAGAUUCCCAGUGCAGAUGUUGUUGGCAAGCAGGGAACUGAUCUGUGUAUCCUCCAGAGGCUGAAGGGGCUUUCACUAGCUGGUAGGGGCAUCAGCUUCACCCAAACAGACCAACUGAGAGAGGCACUCAGAGACCUACAGCUCAGCAUGCAGGCAUUACCAGAGUGUGCCGGUGCAGGGCUGUGGUGUGGUGAGGUGCUGUGGAGGCUUGGCAGGAGAAGAGAGGCAGCAGCUUGUUGGGAAAAGACUUGGAGCUUCACCCCACAACCCUCAGUAGAGAGUCUAUCUGUUUACCUACAGGAACCCCAGUCUGGCCCUCUGUUGGACUCCAUGGAACUGCGCCGCAGAAUACAGGAACUUGGUCCUACAUCGUCAGCCUAGAGAAAGACAAAAGAAGAAUACCCUAUCACUUACUGACUGAACAGGAUCAACUUUCUCUGCCCUGUGAACUGAAACCCAUACCCUCAACAAACAUAUAUCUGCUUGGACAGUAAAAAUAAAGCAUCUUGAAAGGGCUUACAGUGUUUCAGACUGAGAACACGGUGUGGGUGGUAAACCUGGCAGGUGGUUUAUGCAUGAUAUGAAGAUUACUUGAGAUACUGUCGUUUGGUCACUGAGGUUCUGAACUGGCUUGUAGGAAAUAAAAUGGGUAUUUUUGCCUGGCAAGACUAA